ACCCAGUUUUUGUGCGGCCAAAGAGCCCACUUGAGAUUUGCCCCAGCGAUGUCUCUCUUUCCGAGCCAUGCGCUUGCUGCUGGGCCUGUUUGUCCACGGCCUGGCGAUUCGGCCAUCACAGCCCCACAUCGUCUUUCACAUCAUCGACGACUGGGGCUUCCAUGAUAUCGGCUUCCGCAGCGAGCAGAUGCACACUCCCACCCUGAACAUGUUUCACCGGGAAGGGGUGACGCUGGAGCAGUACUACGUGCUGCCCACCUGCUCCCCCAGCCGCGCCACCUUCCUGACCGGGAGGUUGCCCCUGCACACGGGUUUGAACUCCAAGCUCACCAUGGCGCCCACCGCGCUGCCGCUGGGAGAGACCACGCUGCCCUCGCUGCUCCAGGGCGAAGGCUACAGGACCCAUGCGGUGGGGAAGUGGCACCUGGGCUUCUACCGGAAGGAGUACACGCCAACCUUCAGGGGCUUCGAGUCCUGGUACGGCUACUACGGCGGUGGGCAGGACUACUUCACCCACAAGGUGCUCAUCGGGAAGAAGCUGGUCUUCGACUUCCACCGGCACCCGCAGCCCUUCUGCGGACCCAAGUGUGCCCAGGUGGAGUGGAGCGCUGCCGGGAAGUAUUCCACCAAGCUCUUCACCGAGGAAGCGAUCAGGGUCAUCCGAAGACAUCGAGCUGAACACCCGGGCGAGCCCCUGUUUCUCUACCAGGCCUGGCAGAAUGUUCACGCGCCGAUACAGGCGCCGAAACACUUCCUGGACUGGGAAAUUCGAAACAGGACCAGGCGCCGGCACGCCGCUAUGGUCAAGUCCGUGGACGAAGCCAUCGGCCGCAUCAACGCAGCAUUGGAGUACGAGGGCAUGCUGGACAAUACACUGGUCAUUGUCACCACAGACAAUGGGGGCGCUGUGCAUGAGUGCAAGCCCAACGGGGCGUCCAACCACCCGCUGAGGGGCGGCAAGUGCAGCAUCUGGGAGGGCGGCACCCGGGGUACCGCGCUGAUCAAGGGCCCACAGGUGCCCAGAGGCCUGGUGUGGCGGGGCCUCUUCCAUGCCAGCGACUGGCUGCCCACCUUGCUGGAGGGAGUGCUGGGCACCGUCAUCGCUCCGGAGGCCACCAAGCCUUUGGAUGGCUUCAACCUCUGGCACGCGCUGCGGACCAAUGCCACCUCCCCCCGGGAGGACAUCUACUAUGGGGUGGCGGAUGAAGUGGUUGGUCAGCACGGCCCUGCCCUCCGCACGGCCGAAGGGUGGAAGCUUGUGCUGAACGGUGGCGGUGGCGUUGGCGACUGGCCUGAGGUGCCAGCCAGGCGACUGGGCUUGGGCAAGCAGCCUGGCAAGCCUGCGGUCUGGGGGCUCCUGUCGUUUGGAUACCCCGCGCUCUUCAACCUCUUGGCGGAUCCCUCCGAGAGGUUUGACCUCAGCCCUGAUGAGCCGGAGGUCGCCUUCGCGCUGCGGAAGCGCUUGCUGCACUACACUCGCCACGCAGCGCCAAACCUGGAGAGGAAUACCUCCUGCGGCCGCUUGCAGCUGCGUAGAUCGCCCAAUGGUCUUUGGCUGGGCCCCUGGUGCACCUGAGCGCCAGCUCAUUAGCCGCGGUGCCAAAGAGUCGCCACCGCGCGAGAGGA